UCAUUCAUAGCGUAGUAAUGUCAUUCUAGAGGUAGCUUAUUUAUGGUGACAGUAGGUAGAUUGAGUUAGAAAUACUUUUUAAACGUUUACCCUGCAGAAUCACAGAAUUUCAUUCUACUCUAAGCCUUAGUGGAACGUGUACUUACAAGUGAAGUGUUUGGUUAGUCUGAUUGAUGAACAGAACUGUAUAAAAACGACAAUUAUAUAUUAUAGUUUCCUUACCGUAUACAAGCCCAAUAUAGCGUCCAUUUUGUUUGCAAGCAAGGAAGUCCACUGUUAGUGCUGCUAAUAACACUCCUAUCCAGAACAAUUUCCAGUCGUGUGCAAGUUAGUUUUAAUGAAAGGUGCUUCUAUGUUGCAAUUGGAUAUUGAGCCUUGCAUCCAGCGACCAGAAUCCAAAAUCAUGUCAAGUUUAGACUGGAGAAGGCCAGCCCUGGAGAUCCUCCUGAAACUUUACAGGGAACAUCCAAUGCUGUAUGAUAUGCGCCAUUCCAAGUACUAUAACAAAACGGAACGUCAGAAGGCAUUGAACACAAUAAUUGAUCUGCUGGAAGAUCAUCGUCCAGGAACAACUACUCAUGAGAUCCUAAAGAAGAUACAGACCUUGAGAACGCAAUUUGGCCAGGAAAUCAGCAAGAUGAGGAAACUACAGAACAAGGGGAUCGCCUAUACACCUUCCGUUUGGUGGUAUAAACAUUUGGCUUUCUUACGAAGCCAUAUCAAACCAAGAUCAUUGGAUGAUGAUGAAGAUUACAAUGUUUCUAUAUCUCAACAACAAGAAGGAGGCGAAUACGUGUCCUACACUGGGGAGGACUCCUGCGAUUACGAGAAUGAUGGCCAGUCGGAGAUUGUGUACGAAAUUCAGAGCACGCCUGCGAGUAAAGGACCCAAAAUAGAAUUCAACAGCGAUACAAAGCUUUAUCGCAAAGGAGGAACACCUGUUACCCAGCUCAACGGUUCCACGAAGGAUGAAAUUAUCUAUGAGAUCACUCAAGGGAAUACGCUGGUACCGAAGCGUAAGCUUGAGUUGAUGCCUGCAGCAGAAUCGACCCCAAAACAUGCCCGCAAUGAAAGUGCGCUCGAAGAAAAUUUGUCGAUCAGUCAAGUGAAUAGCGUGCGGAAGGCCGAGGUGAUCGAGCUUGCAGUUGACAGCGACCGAUCCCGUAGUAUUGGGCAUUUUGUCUCCUCGCAGAUGGCAUCAAUUAAGGACGACUUCCUGUUCUACAAGACGCAGAUGGAAGUUCUAAACAUUAUUAAUAAUGCCCAGCUGAAACAGCUGCAGAUCGACCAAGGGAAUAAAACUUGUUAGGUUGUUCUCUAUAGUUAAGUUUUUCUAUAAGGACUACAUUUUUAAUUAUUUCUGAUCGAAAUAGAACUUUUGUUAAACAAAAAUA